UUUACUGAAAGUCUUCUCCUCUAUUAGUAUAUAAGCCUUCCAUGUCCAUAUCGUAUCCUAAUAAUUUCCUCAUAUAAUAUAAUCUUACACUAUUCAAUCAAUCGAUCAAUCAACAGUGAUGGGAAUCAAAGUCCACGGCCAUCCUUUCUCCAUAGCAGCACAGAGAGUUCUUCUCUGCUUAGCAGAGAAAGGGUUGGAGUAUGAAUCUGUUCAUAUAGAUUUAACCACCGGCCAACAGAAGGAGGAGCCCUUCAUUUCACUCAAUCCAUUUGGUCAGGUUCCUGGUUUUGAAGAUGGUGACUUGAAGCUCUUUGAAUCAAGGGCUAUUACCCAUUACAUUGCACAUGCAUACGCCGACAAGGGAACUCCGCUGAUCGAUCACGAUGUAAAGAAGAUGGCUAUAAUUGGAGUCUGGAUUGAAGUUGAAUCCCAGAAAUUUGAAGCUGCAGGUUCAAAGCUCAACUUUGAGAUUGUGGUGAAGCCACUCAAGGGCAUGACUCCGGAUGAGGAUGUAGCCGAGCAGCUGAAAGGCCAGCUUGGCAAGGUUCUUGAUGUGUAUGAAGCCCGGCUUGCCGAAUCCAAGUACUUGGGAGGAGACAAUUACUCCCUGGCUGAUCUUCAUCACAUCCCUGUCAUUAACAGCUUGUUGAAAACCAAGUACAAGACCGUGUUCGAGGAGCGCCCUCAUGUCAGCGCGUGGGUUGCCAAUAUCUUGGGGCGACCCGCAACUCAGAAGGUUCUUGGAGGGCCUAAGGCAUGAAGACUGCUGCAAAUUAUGGCUAAUACCUUUAGAGAGUGGAUUCUCUUUCCUUUCUUGUGUUCACUUUGAAGGUUUACUGUUCCAUUAACAACAACAAUGCUUGCUUUGCCAUCCAUUUUUCCAUCAAUAUGUUUCCCUAUUUGCCGAGUUAUCAAAAUCCCAAUAUUCCUGUGGUUUA